UCAACUUAUCAGCCAAACCAGGUCGAGCCUAUCUAUUCUAUGGCCAUGUGCGGGACGCAAGAUAGUUUGUUGCAACUUUGAAGCGGGCCUGCGGUACAAUACAUUUAUAUUUGAGAAAUUCUUUGAUCACAAGGCGUUUAUCGCACGCUCAGAAUCAUGGCUUCACGCUGGUUUCUCAGUGAGGCGGGCAGGAAAGCAGCUGGCGCGGCCGGCCUCACUGGCGGCCUCAUAGGAGCAUUGGUUGGUCUGCUUCCUCACACCCACCUGCUCGAACAGUAUAAGAGCAUAGUUCGAGCUUACAAGGAUGGCAAACCACUGCCUUUGGAUCCUCUUGUGAAGAAAAGAGCAGAAGAGGUCCUGCGGUUGGUUGACCUCGAUGAAAAGCAAAAAAGCAGUGUCAAGUUUUUCCCCGUGCCAAUUUUGGACACAUUCUUUGCUGGCAGCACGACGGGGUCUAAAGGAGCGAUCAUUGGCCUGCCCAUCACUUUCAGCUAUGUGAAGAAGGAAGACAUACAGACAAAGAGCCUUCUCAUUCACGGUUUCAAAGAGCCGGCGUGGGAAACUAAAGAGGCCGAGGAACUAAAGAAAUCGCUCGUGCUCAGCGACAAGGCGCAGAGGUUUGUCAUCGCGAGGGACAUCAGCUGGGCAAGCACCUACUACGUCCAGCUCCAGUCGGCGGCACUCUCCUUUUCCGUCGUCAACUGUUACUUCAUGGGUCGGCUCGUCAACGACAGGUUCCACUUGCUGAUUCGUGCACCCCGUGUUCUCCGAGUGGCCCUGUACGGUGUAAUAGUGGCGCUUCAUGCGACCAUGUACAUCGGCUUCAAGGAUGCCAUGAGCCAGUACUGGGACAAGAAAGCGGACAGCAAGGCAGCUUCCCUAGGGAGAGAUUACGUGGAGGGCGGCAUAGAGUAUUACGAGAAAUUGCUUCAGAGGAACAGGGCUCUGAGGGAAUUGCUGGGGGAUGAGGGGCGCAAGUGGUACACUUCGAAAGGCAACGUCAACAGGAUACUUCGGUCUGAUCACGUCCCAAUCACGCACAGACUGGAUGGCUUGAAGAGUAGGCUGCAGACGGCCAGUGCAAGUGAACUUACUGCGUGAUGUUUCUCUGAACUGAAGAUAGACAGACUUUUGUAGUAUUUCAAGUUAUUUCUCUUUCUGUGCUAAUAAAAGAUGUAUCUACCAUAAAA